UAACACGUAGACGAGUUAAAUUUUUUAAAUUGUGAUCCUAGAAUCUUAAACGCUGUGAAAAAAGUAAAAAUGGAAAUACGCACAAAUAUCAAGAUCAGUAAUAAUAUUACAGAAGUGUCAAAUAUUGCGGGAAAACCUAAUCAUGUUGAGAAGUAUAAAAAAUGUAAGGAGGAAGUUAUGGUUUCAAGAAGAGAAUGUAAACUUAUUAAGCUUUAUGAAGAAGACGAUAAAAUAUUUCCCGUUUCUUCAGACGAAAGCCUGUUUUGGGGAAUGCAUUUAAAGAGAAAAGCUGUUAUUGAGAAUAUGAAUGAAAACAUCGAAAAUCUCGUGAAAGAAUGUUUGUAUUGGAAGCAGCAACUAAAUGCAUUGGAAGAUAGUAACAGAAUCCUUAAGAAUGAAAAGCAAUCUUUGCUACGUGAAUAUGAGGAGUUGUUAGAGAAAACUAGACACGAUGAUAAUAUUGUUCUGAAAUUAAAGAACUCGGAAAAGGAAUUACAGAAAGAGGAAGUGGAAGGUUUGCAACUUAACAGAAAAAUUCGGACAGCGGAUUCAGUUAAAAACCUUCUCUCGAAUGACAAAAGCGCUUUGGAAAAGAAAAGAAACGCUCUCAUAGGAACUUUGGAGACUCAUAACAAAAAAUUGGAACAAAUCAAUGUGGGCUCAGUCAAGGAAACAAGUGAAGAUCACUUUAGUUCAGCUGAUGAAGAUUUUAGUGAAACAGAUAAUCCAACCACUUUUGUCAUGUCUGAUGCUUUGAUGGACAAAAGAAUUGAAGACAUUGAUCAAUAUCAGAAAGGGCAGAGUAAUUCUAAAAUAAACGAGCGUGCAUUGCAAUUUGCAAAAGAGGAAAAUAGAUUUCUAUUAGAGACUUAUUCGUGGCUAAAUGGCAAGUAA